AGGCUUUGCAAUGAAGAGAAAUGUGCAGUGGAGAAACAAGACAAAGCACCACAAGUUAACAUAGGUUCACUUAUAUAUUACUAUCAAGUCUUAUUAUUAAUACUUGUAAAUAGAGCAUUAUCAGGUUUCACCUUUCAUUGGUAGCAAAGUGAUCAUUCAGAGAAAGAGAAGCCUGAUCAGGUAAAGGCGCAAUCAUCAGGUUGAAUGUACACUCAUCAGCAACAUCAAGGAAAGAACAUUCACUCUUCUUCCAGAAUGCCAAUCCCUUCUGAGAGGCAGAUGUUCCUUCAAACAGGAAAUGGCUCUGGUGAUUCUGGACUUGUUCUCUCAACUGAUGCUAAGCCUAGAUUGAAAUGGACACCUGAUCUUCAUGCAAGGUUUAUAGAAGCUGUGCAGCAAUUAGGAGGAGCUGACAAGGCAACUCCAAAAACGGUAAUGAAACUCAUAGGGAUUCCGGGUCUUACCUUAUAUCAUCUGAAGAGCCAUCUCCAGAAAUACAGAUUGAGCAAGAGUCUGCAUGGACAAAGUAACAAUAUGACACACAAAAUAACCAUAAAUUCAGGUGCAGCAACAGACGAAAGACUCAGAGAAAAUAACGGAACUCAUAUGAAUAGUUUAAACCUUGCCCCUCAGUCUAACAACAAAGAUUUAUACAUAAGUGAGGCACUGCAUAUGCAAAUAGAGGAGCAGAGAAGACUAAAUGAGCAACUUGAGGUGCAAAGACUUCUGCAGCUACGUAUAGAGGCUCAAGGAAAAUACCUUCAGGCUGUGUUGGAGAAAGCUCAAGAAACACUUGGAAGACAGAAUUUGGGAGCAGUAGGACUUGAAGCUACCAAACUUCAACUCUCAGAGCUAGUGUCAAAAGUGUCCUCUCAGUGUCUGAAUUCAGCAUUUUCAGAUCGGCUGAAGGAGAUACAAGGAUGUAGCCCCCACCAACAAACACAAACCAACCAGCCAAAUACAAAUGACUGUUCCAUGGACAGUUGCCUCACAUCUUGUGAGGGAUCACAAAAGGAGCAAGAGAUACAAAAUGGAGGGAUGAGCUUAAGACCCUUCAAUGUUCACACAUUCAUGGAAAGAAAGGAAGUCAUAGAGGGUCCAAAUCUUAAUAAUCUACCAAACACUGACCUCAAUUGGUGUGAUCCAGUGAAGAAGAAUACCUUCCUUACCCCAUUGAGCAUGCAUGCAGAUAAAAGAAGUCCAAGCAACUUGUCUAUGAGCAUUGGACUUGAAGGAGAAACUGAGAAUGGAAGCACCAUUAGGACAGAAUCAGUGAAACCGGUGGCUGAUAAAGUUUCUCAAGAUUAUGGAUUGCCAUCUAAUUACUUUGCUGCUUCAAAACUGGACCUAACCACUGAAGAUAAUAAAGACACUAAAACGAGUUGUAAACAACUGGACUUGAAUGGAUUCAGUUGGAACUGAAAAAAGAAAGGACAACGGAAGUACACAAAGCAAGGCAACUCCAAUGGCAGGAACAAUGUAUUUAAUGUAAACAAUGUAUGUAUCAGCUGCUGUUUCUUUCAGCUCAUGGUGGUCACUAGCCAAAUAUCAGUUACUUUUAGUAGAAUGCAAAAUUGCAACUAACAAAUUUGUAAGCAGUGAUUAUAGUGGAUAUAGAGUAUCGUUUCUCUCUCUCUCUCUCCAUAUCUAUCUAUAUAUAUAUAUAUGCUUUAUUCAAAGUUUAAGA